CGACUGAGCCACCCAGGGGCAGCUUCAAAAGCCCAGCACGCUCUCAAAACAAAGGAAGACGGGUCCUCGGGUCCUCGACUGCAGAGGAAGCAGGAAGAGCCGACCCGCUUGGAGCCCAGCUGCUGGGGCCUAGGGACAGCGGGAUGGAGUCCGUGGCCCUGUACAGUUUCCAGGCCACGGAGAGUGAUGAGCUUGCCUUCAACAAAGGGGACACGCUCAAGAUUCUGAACAUGGAAGACGACCAGAACUGGUACAAGGCUGAGCUCCGAGGCGCUGAGGGCUUUAUUCCCAAGAACUACAUCCGUGUCAAGCCUCACCCGUGGUACUCGGGCAGGAUUUCCCGGCAGCUGGCCGAAGAGAUUCUGAUGAAGCGGAACCACUUGGGAGCCUUUCUGAUCCGGGAGAGUGAGAGCUCCCCGGGGGAGUUCUCAGUCUCUGUGAACUACGGCGACCAGGUGCAGCAUUUCAAGGUGCUACGCGAGGCCUCUGGGAAGUACUUCCUGUGGGAAGAGAAGUUCAACUCCCUGAACGAGCUGGUGGAUUUCUACCGCACCACCACCAUCGCCAAGCAGCGCCAGGUCUUCCUGCGGGACGAGGAGACCCCGCUCAAGGCCUCCCAGGCCUGCUUUGCCCAGGCCCAGUUUGACUUCUCGGCCCAGGACUCCUCACAGCUUAGCUUCCACCGUGGGGACAUCAUCGAGGUCCUGGAGCACCUUGACCCCCACUGGUGGCGGGGCCGGUUGUGCGGACGAAUUGGGUUCUUCCCUCGGAGCUACGUCCAGCCGGUGCAGCUGUGACCGGGGUGCAGCCCGGGGACGGGGGCAGAGCCUGCAGUCCAUCCAACCACCAGACACUGAGCUCUGGA